ACAUAAUACAGAAUCCUCUUGUUAGAGCUGAAUGGGAUGCUUCAUUCAGUGACCCAAGAUAAGAACAGAUCAGAGUGAAGCAGCGACAGAGGAACGACCUGACAACACACUGAAAUACUGGUUCUAUCAAACAGAGCAAAGAUGCACUGGGGACCUUUUCUGCUCAUUCUAAUGGGUCAGUGUUCCUUGUUUUUAUGCCAGCGCUAUAAGUACUAUUUUAUUAAAGAGCCUAAAACAUGGGACGAAGCUCAGCACUACUGUAGAAAAGGAUAUAAAGACCUGGCCACAGUGCCUAACAUGACAUAUAUGGAGACUCUGUGCACAGAUUUUAAAGAGAAUCAAGCAAACGCCUGGAUUGGGCUGUACAGCAUCUCAGGAAGAGAAAACAGGCUGUGGCACUGGUCUCUGCCAGGAGUGGAGUUCCAUGAUAAAGAGAUGAAAUGGAGAGCAAGUGAACCUAAUGAUGCCGGCAGAGAUCUCGAGAACUGUGCACGGACUGACAGCUCUGAUGAGCUGCUGGAUGUUGGCUGUUCUCAUGAUCACACUUUUGUCUGCUAUAAUGACUCUAACCAGUCACUCCAUUUGAUUGACACUGAAAAAAAGUGGCGUGAGGCUCAGAGCUACUGCAGAGAGCACCACACAGACCUGGCCAGUGGACGUGCACAGUUAAAGGAAGCAGUCAGUAAAUUUAAGAGUUCUGGUAAACUACCGUCAUGGAUCGGCCUGUUCAGAGACACCUGGAGGUGGUCAGAUGGGAGUAAUUAUUCUUACAGACAUUGGGAAAGUAUCGAUGAGUUGCCUGUAGAGCUGUCUAAAACUGACAGCGGCACCAGGAACUGUGCGAUGAUUGCAUUAAACAAAGAAAGAAAAUGGAGCGCUGAUGAUUGUAAUAACAGAAAACCUUUCUUCUGCUAUGGUGAUGAAAAACUGAUCCUGAUCAAUGAAAGCAAAAAUUGGGAUGAUGCCUUAAUUUACUGCAGAGGGCACCAUGGUGACCUGGUCUCCAUCGCAACCCUUGAACAGCAGGAACUGGUUCAGGAGAAAGCCAAGAAUGCCAACACACCGUAUGUCUGGCUGGGACUGCGCUACAGCUGCGCUCUCGGUCUGUGGUUCUGGGUCAAUGACCAGCUUGUCUGCUAUAAGAACUGGGCCAAUGAGACAGACACUGGGCAGGAUAACAUGGCUGUAGCCAUGGAGACAGGAAGAGAACAUAAAUGGUUCAAGAAAAAUGAUGAAGAGAAGUUUAACUUUAUCUGUUCUCUGUGACUGGUUUUAAAAGCAGUGUAGCAGUCACGGGUUAAAAAUAUGUCAAUACUAGAAACAGAUGACACAUAACAAUCAUUUAAGUUGAUCAGGCAUAAUGUUUGUUUGUUUUUCAAACUGUAGAAUGCUUUAUUCCCAAAUAAGUUGAUAAGUGAUGCGUACUGUAGAGUAAGAUGUACCACAGCAUUUGUAUGCUUAUAUAAACUUUCCAUAAUCUGACAAAGAUACAAGAUUUUUAGUAAUACUUAUCCCAAGAAAGAAAUAAUUUUGGAUUAAAAAAACCCAAACAAACAGAAACAAAAAACUUUGAUCAAAGAAAGAAAAUAAUAGCAUGAGGCCUUAAAAUAAUGCAGAGUGCACCUUUGACCUGGUAUCCAUCACAAACCUGGAACAGCAGGAACUGGUGAAGGAGGCAGCCAAGAAUGCCAACACAUUCCACAUCUGGCUGGGACUGUGCUACAGCUGUGCUCUUGAUCUGGGGUUCUGGGUCAAUGACCGGCUUUGUCUGCUAUGAGAACUGGGCCAAUGAGACAGAGACUGGACAGUUUGACAUGUCUGUGGAAGCAAGGAGGAGAAGACGAGCGGUUCAAGCAAUGGAGAAAGAAAAACAUGUGCCAAUCACAACCUAAAAAUACUGUUAAAAGUACAGUUUCUCUGUUUUCAGGCUAGAAGCAAGCAACAUAUAAUGUUUAUUCUUCUUUCGGAGUUUAUUUCUUUGUAUUCUGUUACAUAUUUGUUACAAAAUAGGAAUCUGUUCUAGCUCAAAAAUUCUUUACUUGUUAUAUAACGUAAGGUGAUGGCUUUGUAGUGUAUACAGCAUUUAUAAGCUUAUAAUAUCUAAUAUGUAAAUAACUGUCUCAAACCUCCAAAUAUGAAAUUAUCUAAAUUUAAGGACUUAUGUAAAAUGCUUCUUUUUUUUUCUGACCCUGUUAAUCAACGUUGUCAGAUUUUCCUGGGAACUGGGAACACUGGUAUAACUGAUAAUGAAAUUUGAGACAAAAAUAUUAAACAUUAAACAAAUAUUUUUAUCACUGGUGUCAGUAAGAAAUUUGUAUUGUUCAGGAUGUUUUUUUAAGUAAUUAGGCGAACACUAGAUGGCGCACAUGAGCCAACAAUUUCACAGUACAGUACUGUGCAAAAGUGUUGAACCACCCCUCAUUUCUUUACAUUCUGCUUGGAAAAUGGAAAAUGGAUGCAGUGAUGUAUUGAAAGAUUUACAAAUAAAAAUGGAAAUGCAGCAGGUGAGGCAAAAAAAAAAAAAGAGUUUGUGCAGUUUUAUAAGUUUUAAACCAGCACUUUGAUUCUUCAGAAGUAGACAUGAUAGUCAAGACAAAUUAUAAAUUUUGUGUAUAUUUUUAUUCACAGAUCAUCAUUUUUCAUUUACUAUAAUACAAUAUUUAGUAUAUUUUUUUCAUUUCCCAAAAAAUAAAUUAUUUAGCACAAUAUAGUGGGCUACAUACUGAACUCAGAGGAUGGAAACAAAGUAUCACACUAGUAUUAAUCCGAUAUUAUUGGUAUCAUUACUAUACACAUCCUGGUUCUUGUGCCAAAUCAUUGUUUUUUCUGAUUUCUUAAAGACGUGACCUUCACUUACUUUGUAUCUGCUGUAGUUGUUGUAGCUCUCCUCAAAUUUGUUGAGGGCACUUUUGGGAUGUUUUGCACAGAUUCAACUAAAGACAUGAGAACAAAUGCCUCCCUCUGUGCUCUUAUGAAAGAUCACAGAGGGAGGGAUUUGUUUUGGAAAAAACUAUAUUUGUCCAACAUCUGCAAAGCAGUGGGUGUGAUAUAUUCUGCCUCCAGCUUUCUGUUUGACUUUGCUCUUUUAUUUAAUCUCUUAGUGUUUCUGUGCAAUGAGCAAAACAACAAGAACAGCAGCAGCAGCGAUGAAGUUUCAUGCUUUUGUUUUCAUUCUUCUCUUCGUCUGCACGUACCUGAGUCUGGCACAAGGCCCGUAUGGCAAGUGCUGCAUCAGCUAUGUUAACGACAUAAAAAAGAAGAGAAACAUCGUCAGUUACACUAUGCAGGAACCGGACGGUGACUGUGACAUCACAGCUGUUUUGUUUAAGAUGAAAAAGAAGUCCAAACCUGUGUGUGCCAAUCCAGAGGAUGAUUGGGUCCAGAGGGAGAUGAAGAGGCUGGAUCCAACAAUGCUGCAUUAGAACGAGAAAAAGAAGAAGACAGGACAGUGGACAUCUUUAUCUAGCUGUCCGAGAUCGUAUAUCAUCUUUAGUCAUGUACACAGUUUACUAAUACAGAAAUAUGCUAUAUCCUUAAUGUUAGAGCCAGUAUAAGUAAAAUAAUUUAUGGGAACCAUCUAUGAUACUAUUCAACUUUGAAAUGUGAGUACAAAGUGUGUGUAUGUGAGAAGAAUGUAUCCUUAACACGCUGUUGUCAGAUAAGUUGAGGUUUGUUUGUUUUUUAAAUAUACAACAGAUUUGCUAAUUUUUGCAUCAGCAAUAGAGUUGGACUUUGUGUUUUUCUUUUGCAAAUAAAGAGAAGAUCCAAACAGAA